GCCUCCAGAUGCCUGGCAGGUGCUGCUGUUGUGAUCAAGGUGGCGGGCAGCCUCGCCGAGGCCGGAAAAGAGCUUCGCGAGGUACGGGAAGCUGCACAGCUGGCGGCCGACGCUACCAAAACGAUGGCCCUUGCAUUGCGCUGGCGUGGUGUAGACUGGAUUCUGGAGCUUGGGGUGGGCAUCCACGGCGAGGCCGGAGUUCAGGAGUUGCCGUCCUUGGCGAGCCUUCCCGGCGCCUCUGAUGGCUGCUUCGCUGCUGCAGUGGUCCGCGCCCUGCUUCGGGAGCUUCUACCUGCAACGAAGCUCCAGCCGGGCGAUGAGGUGGUCGUUGUUCUGAACAAUCUCGGAGGCACAUCCCCACUGGAGAUGUCGGUGCUGUGUGACGCUGCCUUUCGUCAGCUGCGUUCCCGUGGUGCCGUCGUUGCUGGCUACGUGCAGGGCACUUUAGUCACCUGCCUCGACAUGCAUGGCGCCUCCCUGUCAUUGAUCCCGCUGCGCGAAGCGCCGGCGAACCUCGUGGAAUUUCUAGCAGCUCCCGCGGAGGUGAACUCUGCUUGGCCGGGCCUGCUGAUCCCUCCCAUAGACUCGGAGGUGGUGAUCCAGGAAGCCGCAGUCCCACCCCUUCCGGCUGAGACCGCCGUGAAACCUGCGGAGACCCAGCUGCGCAAGGCAAUAUCAGCCGCCUGUGAGAUGCUCAUCCUCGACUCAACAGUCAAGGCUCUGGACGAGAUGGAUUUUGAGUGCGGCGAUGCUGACUGUGGGGGCACGCACCGAGAUGCGGCUGAGGCGCUCAUGGCCACCAUAGAGGCCGUGCCGAGCUCCCCCGACGAAGCCCUGCGGUUUCUGGCAGCCCAUUUGGAACAUCAAUGCCGGGGUGCCAUUGGCGGAAUCUACGUUCUCGGGCUGGAGGCAGCGGCCAAGUGCGUUGGCCGUACACCACUGGCUACGGAUUGGGCCAAGGCUCUUGCGGCUGCUGGCCGUGCAAUCCAGGAUUACGGAGGCGCCAAGGCGGGUGACAGGACCAUUCUUGAUGCUGUGCUACCUGCAGCAGAGGCCCUUCGUGCCCAUGCGGAGUCGCCGGAUGCUCUGGCGGAAGCCGUCAGGGCAGCAAAGCAGGGCGCCAAGCGAACCCAGCAGAUGCUCGCCAAGAAAGGCCGAGCUGUUCACGUGCCACCCAGUCGGCAAGCGCGGUCACCUGACCCUGGCGCUGUCGGCUUCGCGAAGUGGUUGGAAGCCGUAGAGAGAGCGCUACGAGUCUAG